UCACAACAACGGGGCCAACCAAUGAGCUGCUUCGGGCUCAUGAGUGGAGAGGGGCCGGGGAACUCAGAAACAAAAUUGCCCAAAGGCGAGUGAGCGGUGAAACACUUUUGCAAAGCCUCGAGUGUGGUUGUUUUCUUCUCCGAACAUUUGCAGUGUUUGUUUGCACUCCCGUGUGCUCUUGAAUGAUCGAUCCAGUGGCUUGGAGGACUUUUUGGAUUAGCUUUUUUUGUUCGGACGGAGGAGAAGGUGGAGGGGGGGAUCUCCGGACUGGAGAUGGAAUGAUUUCUCCGUAAAGGAAAACACACAUUGUGGCUUUCCAGUGUGUGUGGAUAAGUGGGUGAGAAAUGCACGCUGAUGACGGGUUCACGGAGCCGGGAUUCUACGGCACCCUGUUGAAUUUUCGCAUUUUCGGAUUAACUUUUUUGACUCUCCAUGGAAGUGUUGUUGAAGUUUGCCUCAUGAGUUUAAGCGUCUAACAAGACCCACCAUGACAACCUCGCUAGCACGGACCUUCUAUGGAUCACUUUGCCCACUAACGUGUGUGCUUCUGCUGCUAGCGUGUUUAUCAGCAGCCUCGCCGUCCCACGGCCGGAGGCUCAUAUGCUGGCAGGCCAUCAUGAACUGCCAAACUGAGCCCGAGUGCAAUUACGCGUACGAUCACUACAUACGCGCCUGCGGGCCGGUGUUGAACGGCGAGAGGAAGAAGUGCCCCAGUCACUGCAUCUCCUCCUUGGUGCAGCUCAACAUGACCCGAAACGGACCCGCUUUGGAGGACUGCAGCUGCGGCCACGACCUCGAGUGUACGCGCACUAAGCGGUCCAUCGAGCCCUGCUUACCCCGGACUACCAGCACUGGCUGCACGGAGGCUCGGCGUCAGUGCGAGCGGGACCAGCAGUGCAGCUCCACCAUGCGGGACUACUUACACCACUGUGGUAAACUUUUCAGCGGGGCUAUUUGCACCAACGCCUGUCGCAACGUCAUCGCCAACAUGCGCAAAAUCCCUAAGGGUCAGCAGCUGGACACUUGCAUGUGUGAUGGCACCGAGAGGGCCAUCUGUGAGUUUGUGAAGAGCAGCAUGAAGACGCUCUGCUUUGACACCCCGGAGAGGGAGGAGAGCAGCGGCUCUCAGGACGGCUUUGACUCGGAGGAUGAUGAGGACUACUCGGACUCUGACUACAGGGAAGAGCCGGAAAGUGGAACCUCUCCCCUGGAGGUCCACUAUGUUUUGACCAUGCUGGCCUCCAUGUUGGCUCUAAUGCCCCUCAUUUAAGCACCACUUUUUUUUUUUUA